CGUCAUGAGGCCGUGAGGCGCGGGGCGUGCCGGGAAAAGGAGGCCCGCGGCCGCGCGAGGCAAGCCGGGAUAGGCGAAGAUGGCGACUUCUCUCGGGGCGAACACGUACAACCGGCAGAAUUGGGAGGACGCGGAUUUUCCGAUCCUGUGCCAGACAUGCCUGGGAGAAAAUCCAUACAUCCGCAUGACAAAGGAGAAGUAUGGCAAAGAGUGCAAGAUCUGCUCCAGGCCCUUCACCGUCUUCCGCUGGUGUCCAGGGGCACGGAUGCGCUUCAAGAAAACUGAAGUCUGCCAGACGUGUAGCAAGCUGAAGAACGUGUGCCAGACAUGCCUCCUCGACCUCGAAUAUGGUCUGCCCAUCCAGGUUCGUGACGCAGGAAUCUCCCUCAAGGACGAGAUGCCCAAGUCUGACGUCAAUAAGGAGUAUUACACACAGAACAUGGAGAGAGAGAUCCAGAAUUCGGAUGGGACGAGACCAGUGGGGGCUCUGGGCAAGGCCACAAGCUCCAGCGACAUGCUGCUGAAACUAGCCAGGACCACACCGUACUACAAACGCAAUCGGCCGCACAUCUGCUCCUUCUGGGUCAAAGGAGAGUGCAAGCGAGGCGAGGAGUGCCCGUACAGGCAUGAGAAGCCGACAGACCCGGACGAUCCCCUGGCCGAUCAGAACAUCAAAGAUCGUUACUACGGCAUCAACGACCCGGUGGCGGACAAGCUGCUGAAACGUGCGGCCACCAUGCCCAGGUUGGAUCCUCCCGAGGACAAGACCAUUACCACCCUCUACGUCGGAGGUCUCGGCGAGCAGAUCUCAGAGACGGAGUUAAGGAACCACUUUUACCAGUUCGGCGAGAUUCGUUCCAUCACAGUGGUUCAGCGGCAGCAGUGCGCUUUCAUCCAGUUCGCCACCCGGCAGUCCUCAGAGCUGGCGGCUGAGAAGUCCUUCAACAAGCUCAUCAUUAACGGCCGGAGGCUGAACGUCAAGUGGGGCAGGUCUCAGGCUGCAAGGGGGAAGGAGAAGGAUAAGGACUCCAAUCUUACAGAGUCAGGGAUGAAGUUGGAGCCUGUGCCCGGGCUGCCUGGUGCCUUGCCUCCGCCACCCACGGCCGUCGAGGAGGAGGCUCCCGCUAACUUCUUUAACCUGCCGCCCAGUGCCCCGCCAGCUGUGGUGAACAUUUCGCUGCCUCCCCCACCGGGACUCGCUCCGCCCCCACCCCCAGGAUUUGGACCUACUGUAUUCCACAGCAUGCCUCCUCCACCACCUCCCUUCCUCCGGGCACCAGGACCCAUCCACUACCCAUCCCAGGACCCACAGCGCAUGGGUGCUCACACGAACAAAGCCAACAGCGCCUAACUCCCUCAAGUCUCACACCCAGUCACUCUUGCCCCCUCCGCCUGCCUUGCUAGCCGUGAAAGGGUGGUAGGGGGCAUCAGAGCUGGGUGAGCGUCGGUUUAAACUGGGCCCCCAACCAUUCCAGUGGAGUUUAUUUUUUUUAUACAUAUGUGUUGAGGAAUUAGUUUAGUUUUUAUUUCCUUCCAGUCUGUUUCAGCUGAAGAAUUCCGGUAUAGAUACUGUCUCUGUGUCGGUCAAACCUGCACAGUCUCAAUAUUAACACGAUGCCUUCAGAGUGCCCACCCAGCUUCCCCUUUCAAGGGGCUUGCUGUCUCAUACGAGACUCCCUGUGCACUGGGUUUUAGCUGGAAGUGUGUUGGCUGUGACGUGUGUACCCUCCUUUCACCCCACCGAAAGUGACGCCUUUACCACAGUUACACAGUGAAAGAACACUGAACGAGGAGAUCAUGUUGUUCGGUCUGGGUUUGCGGGACAAGAAACAUCGGAGGUCUUAACCCACAGGACUCAAGGACCAACUCUCCUUGCAUUGCUUCCUGGACCUUGCCUCAAAACGAGGGAGCAGGGAGUGUUGGCCGGGCGGGUUUUUAUUGUCUGCUUGGGCACUGGCUCCAGCAAAGUUUGUGAAGUAACGGGUCAAAGAUCUGGUAAAGAACAAUAAACACACGCCUACCAUUAGCA